CCGACUAGAUAAGUACCUGAUAAAAGAUAAGUGGUAUGUAAUAGUGCCGAAUAAUUGAUUAUCUCUGAUAACACCUUGAGAUUUUUGUUUUUGUUUCCGUACUUAUGUGUCUUCUUAACAAAGGUCACCAGCUACCAAAUGACUUAGACAGGUUCAAGAUCAGAUUAGAUUCGAAGAUCUGCUCUUAUAAAUGGAGAUCCGUACUGAUUAACCAUACAGUUACAACCAUGCUUAAGUCAAUUAUUCUUUUUUCGUUUUUGGUGGGGUGUGCCCUAGCUCUAGGUCCUGCUGUGUUGGCGACCAAGGGGGCGGUAUGGCCAAAACCACAAGCCGAGGAAAAAACCCAAGACUACUAUACGAUACUACCACAUGGUUUUAAUUUUAAGGUACCUGACAACGUCGGCUGCCCGAAUUUCCUCAACGAUGCUUUGACGAGGUACUGGACGAUUAUAGCGACGGCUGGUUCAAAGGUUUCGCAAAAUUCGUGGACGCGGUUUCAAGCGGAUGGAAAUUUUUUGGGAACUUUACAAACUUUGAACAUAGAUCUAGAAGCAGGGUGCGAAAGCGAAGACAUUUAUCCCAAGGAAGGGGAUUCCGAAAAUUAUACUUUGGUUGUUGAUGCACAAGGAGCCACCCUUUCGGCGUCCACCAUUUGGGGGGUACUUCGCGGUUUGGAAACUUUCUCGCAGUUGAUAUAUGUGGAGCAAGACUCACUCAUCAUUAAUGGUACCACUAUCACCGAUGGUCCCCGAUUUACUUACAGAGGGUUGUUGAUUGACACCUCGCGUCACUUCGAACCACUUACUAUUAUUUUUGCAAUGUUGGACGCUAUGGCUUACAAUAAAUUUAACGUUUUCCACUGGCACAUAGUUGAUGAUCAUAGUUUUCCUUACAAGAGUCGUACUUAUCCUGAACUUAGUGAUGAAGGUGCGUACCAUCCGUUCUCAAAAAUCUACGAACAAAGUGACGUCGCUCGAGUCAUUGAGUAUGCCAGACUUCGUGGAAUUCGAGUAAUCCCAGAGUUUGAUACUCCUGGUCACACCAGUUCCUGGGGAGCUUCUCACCCAGAAUUAUUGACCGCUUGCUACUCCAACAACGAACCCAAUGGUAACUUCGGACCCAUGGACCCCACGAAAAACUCUACGUACGACUUCGUUACCCAACUAUUCACAGAAAUCGUAGAUGUGUUUCCCGACAAUUACUUCCACAUCGGUGGAGACGAAGUAGAUUUUACCUGUUGGCAAAAUAACCCCGACGUUGGUACUUUCAUGGGAGAAAACAACAUCGCCACUUACAAAGAACUGGAAAGUUUUUACAUCCAACACGUUGUCGACAUUUUAGAUAAUCUAGAAUCGCAGUACCUCGUCUGGGAAGAAGUUUUCGUCAACGGGGUGGUUCUACCAAAUUCUACAGUCGUUCACGUUUGGAAGAACAAUGGUCUCACCACUUUACGCAGCGUCGUCCAAGCCGGUAAACGCGCUGUUUACUCUUCUUGUUGGUACCUAUCAGAUCUGCAGAGUGGUGGCGACUGGAAUGGCUUCUACAAGUGCGAACCGGUGGCCCUAAUCGAUGAUGAAGCCGAAUUAGAUUUGGUUGUGGGGGGCGAAGCGUGCAUGUGGGGCGAAUAUGUCAACGAAUUUAGCAUAGUCCCGAGAGUCUGGCCUAGGGCUAGUGCGGUAGCUGAGCGACUUUGGUCGGACCGAGAGGUCACCGAUGUCAAUGAUGCAGCGCGACGGCUGGAGGAGCACACUUGCAGGAUGAACAAGAGAGGAAUUGCGGCUCAGCCCCCGAACGGACCUGGCUUUUGUCCUUAAACAAUAAAAAUUAAAAUCUUGGAAUUUUAAAAGUC